UAGUAUCUAUGCUCUAAUUUACCGAAUAAGAGUCUGGUGUCACGCCUAAUAUCAACUCGUGUUGCAUUUGCCAAAAAUGGGAGACCCAAUGAAAUUGCCGUGUCUAUAGUUAUUGCUUAGUUACCAUGGUUACAGCGUCUUACUCCCACGUUUUUAAACAUGGCUGAGAAUUGUCUUUGCUGCGGUGCUGCAACAAACAGAGAUAGGAGACUUUUAACCUCUGAGUCCAGUAAAUCUGUAGUCCCUACGCUAGUUGAACUCUUUGAGAGAAGCAUGAAAUUGAAGGGGGUAGAAUUUCCGGGAUGUGCUACAUCUACGAACAUCAUGGAAUGGACUACAUGUAGAUAUGCAUGCAAAAGUUGCUACAAGAAGCUAGGACAGUUCAUGAAAUUGCAGCAAGAGCUAGAGGCCCACAUUAUAAACGUUUUAGAUUCUGGACUAGUUCCCAACACUGCAGUUACUGUCGUUAACCCUGGGAUUAAAAGAGCAAGAUGCCUGGAUCAGACCAUGCAAACUACACCAAAGAAAAGGAAGGAUCCUGAUUUAUCUGUUGUCUUUAAUUAUGAAACACCACGUAUGACUCACCUUGUGACUCCGAGAAGAAAAAAAAUUGCUUCUCUGCUGGUAAGAGGAAAACCGAAAUCUCUCGCACUGGAACUCAUCAAGCAUCGUAGAUAUUUGCAGCCACUAUUGGGUCAGGUUGGUGCUCUUUUAAAAAGGGAGAUGCGACAUCUUUGCUCAAACAAUGUAGCAGAUUCAUUAAUCAGCAUUAAAUUAGCUGAUUUUUCAUGGGCAAAUUACUUUCAAAAGAUCAAAUCACAUGCUCCAUGCAUUGUUGAACUAUUAAAAUUAAUUCUCACUGGCAAGAAUAAGAUGAAUAAAGAUAUUAUCCGUGUUACUGGUCUCAUUGUUUCUAUCAUAACAUCAUUCAAAAGAAGUUCAAUAAAUGUUGUUCAGAAGAUGAUUUCUAUUAUUCUCUGUGCAUCAUACAUACACACAAGUAAAGUGCAUAUUAUCCAUAAUGUAAUGAAUAAUAAUGUUUUAUGUAUUAAUAAUGAAAAUACUUGACUAUUAUAUGGUAAG